GCCAGAGACAGCGUGCUUCGCGCUGAGCGCGUGAGCCAACCGUUUCGCGGGCGAGCGGGACCCGCUAACGGGCAACGGACCGGAAACCAUGUGAAGGAACAGAACCGAAACCAGGCGCAGCGCUUAAAUUAGCAUGGGCGUCUGAAAUACUUUUUUUUUUUUUUUUUUUUUUUUUUUUAAAUCAUUAAGCCGGUCACUACCUCUACCUUUCCGUUUUUGGACGCACAGGUGCGCGCGCUCCCCGCGUCUCCGUUAAAAGCAGCGGCCAUGGCCGAGCCGGAGCGGAAACCCUGCCACCGGGCGCCGGUUCGGGUCGGAUUUUAUGACAUCGAGCGCACUUUGGGGAAAGGGAACUUCGCUGUGGUGAAGCUGGCGAGACACCGGAUCACCAAGUCGGAGGUGUGUGAGUGGAAAAACUCUACCAAGUAGCGAACUCCGGGAGCCACACUGAGAAAUAAACUACCUUGACACUGAGCUGUGCUUUGUGCAGGGCAGUGAGUGUGUGUGACCGCUGUCCAGGCUUCACAAGUAGUUUUUCUGCGACCAGAUAAUAAUAGAAAUACCAGCAAACCGACACGUGCGCUAUUUUAUCUUGGUCUAUAAUAUACUCUCAGAAAUGUACCUAAGGUACCAAACUGGACUUUUCCUUUUAACUGAGGUGGCCAUAAAGAUCAUAGAUAAGACACAGUUGGAUGCUGCAAACCUGGAGAAGAUCUACAGGGAGGUGGAGAUCAUGAAGCUGCUGGACCAUCCACAUAUCAUUAAGCUUUACCAGGUCAUGGAGACCAAGAACAUGCUCUACUUGGUCACUGAGUAUGCCAAAAAUGGGGAGAUCUUUGAUUACCUGGCUAACCAUGGGCGUUUGAGUGAGGCAGAAGCACGGAGAAAGUUCUGGCAGAUCCUGUCAGCCGUGGAGUACUGCCACGAGCGCAGCAUCGUUCACCGAGACCUGAAGGCUGAGAACCUGCUGCUUGAUGCAAACAUGAACAUCAAGAUUGCAGACUUUGGCUUUGGGAACUUCUUCCAGCCAGGGCAGCCUCUAGCCACAUGGUGUGGAAGCCCACCUUACGCGGCUCCCGAGGUGUUUGAAGGGCAGAAAUAUGAAGGUCCGCAGCUGGACAUUUGGAGCAUGGGGGUGGUCUUAUAUGUCCUGGUGUGUGGCGCAUUACCAUUUGAUGGUCCCAGUCUGCCUGUUUUGAGACAGAGGGUCCUUGAAGGCCGUUUCCGCAUCCCUUACUUCAUGACCGAGGACUGCGAACAUCUGAUCCGGAGGAUGCUGGUCCUUGACCCGGCCAAGAGGUUGGCACUAAGCCAGAUUCGUCAGCACCGCUGGAUGGUGCAGGAGGUACCAUCACCAAAGCCCCAGCUCAACUGGCAGGGCGUGGGAGAGCACAGUGAGCAGGUCCUUCGUCUCAUGCACAACCUCGGCAUCGACCAGCACAAGACCAUAGAGUCUCUCCAGAACAAAAGCUACAAUCAUUUUGCUGCUAUUUACUACCUGCUGGUGGAGCGACUCAAGGCCCACAGAAGCAGUUUCCCUGUGGAACAGCGGCUCAACGGUGCUCAGCGCCGGCCAAGCACAGUGGCUGAGCAGACUGUCCUCAAGGCUUCUGUUCCAGCUCUGCAAGCCACGCGCCACCUGCGCUCACCCAUUCUCCUGCAGACCUCCACUGAAACUUUCAGCUUCACACAAAGCACUCCAGAGCAGGCCCUAAUGGAGGAGGAUGUAGCCACUCCCAAGGUGGAUGGCUGUCUGCUGGAGCCUCUGCCCCCUGUUGUGGUGCGUAAUGCCAGUGGCUCAUUUCCAGGCACUGUCAAAGAGUCAUCCAUAGAUGAAGGAAUUGAGGCUGAGGACGAACAGACCAUCCACUUAAGCCAGCGCAGACAAACACUGUCAGAGGGCAACAGCCAACUGGGCACAGUGUCUGCCUCAGGGAAGCUCCUCUCCAUGGCUUUGAACCCAUCUCUGGGCAGCAUGGACUCAGAGUAUGAUUUGGGCUCCACACACAGUGACCUCAGCCUGGCGGAGGACCCUCCCCCCCAUCGAGGCACGCUGACAGCGAUGCCUGCCAGUCAAGCAGACCCCACCUUCCCCUCCUCGAAACCCUCUAAUCCCAGCCCCCAGGCCCUUAGCUCAGAGGAGCGUAAGGCUCAUAAUCAUUCAUCAGUCAGCUUUCGUGAAGGCCGACGAGCAUCAGACACAUCUCUGACACAAGGUCUGGUAGUGUUCAGGCAGCACCUUCAAAAUCUUGCCAGGACCAAAGGAAUUCUGGAGUUGAACAAAGCCCAGGUGGUGCUGGGAUCUGGAGAUGGAGACAUCAGCUUCCAGCCUAAAAACCUGGAGCUUCAACAGCAGGGAGAAGCACAUCAGUGUCGUAGUGGAAAGGACACAGCAAUGUUCUCAACUAAAAUGCACCCGUAUCUGCUGUCUAGACGGCAGUCACUGGAAACCCAGUGUCUUGCUCAGAGGCUGCAGAGGGCUAGUCUGCUGGCCAGUGGUGCUGGCAGUGGGCAAAUGUUCUGUAAGGAUCCUACGCCUCGUACACUGGAGCAGCAACUACAGGAAUACAGACUCCAGCAGAAGAGACUCCAUCUACAGAAGCAGUCUCAUCUGCAGGCCUACUUCCACCAGACUCAGCUGGCAGAGGACCGGUACCCACCCGUGCAGGAUCACGCCGAUACCUCCCUCACCAGCCCAACUUUCUCUCGUACUCCUCAGACCCUCAGCCCACUCCUGGAGCCUGGGACCCCCUACCCAGAGAUGCACUCUGUGCCCUCAGACUGUGAGACGAUGGAGGCUCAACAAGGAGGCUGUGUUCUGGUGAAGUGAAGCUCUUCCCCUUCCAGCCAGACUCACUGGGGCUGGAUCUCAGACACACAAAAAAAAAAAAAAAAAAAAAACAGGAGAACAGCACCAAACUCUCACGGACAAGCAAAAUAGGGUGUUGGUGUUCAAUCUUAAUGAGACACACACACCCCCAUUGUGAUCCCAAUCCUAGAGUAUGGACUAUGAAGGACUUGUUUUGUCAACUGUAAGAGUGGUAUUUCUUUGCAAAAUUAGCUAGAAAAGCACAAUAGAAACAUGUUCAAGCAAAGAUUCAGAUUUGUGUCAGUAUGAAAGCAAUAUGUUCUCCCUGAUAAGACAAUUUUAAGGUUAUUUAAUUACUUUUUAAACUUGAUCAAUUUUACAUAGCUAUUUGCAGAAUGGGAAAAGUCAGCUUGAGAAGCAGAAAAGCAGUUCUGUCCUACUUCUCUAAUACUUGGUUCUACUUAAAGGCUUGUUAUACUUCAUCACACCUGCUUCUGACAGCCAAAUGAAACAAACUUCAGAGAGCCAUGAGCUUUUAUAGUCUUUCAGAACAGUGAUCAUAGCUGUCUAUCACUCAAGGAGGUGGGUAGUACACAGCAAGGCAAGUUCACAUUUUAUUGUCGCCCAUUUAACAAAAAUGGUGGCAUUUCAAUGGACACCAUUUUUGCUGCGCUCUCUCCCCGAAGUGCCUUUCCACGGCGCAGAAGGCAUCGGAAGCCUGUUGGAUGAAAGUACAAGUGGGCCUUUAGGCACUUACAAAUGUGUCAGAAGGAAACAUCUGUCAUAUCAAGCAAUGUUAAAUCCACUAGUCACUCCAAAUGACUACUGAACCAAACAAUGAUGUUGGUAGGCUUGUUUCAUUCAAGUUCACCACAUGUGGUAUUAAAAUAAUGCAGUUUAUUCAGUACACUUAAACAGUUCCUACACUCAUUGGAUAUUUUUUAUUAGAUACCCCUCUGAGUAGUUAUACUUACUGAAUAAAAAGCCCAUUUGAUGCUGUAUAGACUUUGUCAGCCAACUUGUCUGUCAAUGGAAAGUGACCACCAUGGGAGCACAACUGACUAGAUUUUUUUGGUGGUUGAUCAUCCUCAGCACAGCAGUGACACUGCCAUGGUAGUGCAUGUUUCACUGGUACAUCAGUAGCUAACACCGUGCUGGGGGAUUUUCCCCAUUGAUGCACCAGAUAGAAGGGGGCUGAUAGAUUAUGCGUAGCAACGUAGUCAAUAAUUGUAUACCAACAAAGCACCUACAACGUCAAGGAGUCUAAUAUGAAGCCAUUUCAGAUUCCAUGCGAGCUGUAGCGACUUUGUCAGGAAAUACAGUAUUUCAUUAUUAUAGUCAUGGGCCUUUUUUCUGUGAAAUGUUCUG